AUGGCAGAUUUCUCGGCGGACCGGCUGCUUUCUAGUGCAGAUGGUAUCCGUGGACGCAAUAAGAAGUCAGAUGGGACGACAACGACGGAAAGUGGUAAUGCUGGAAGCUUUGACGAGGUCCAAGACGUUCUCACCUCGUUGCCCGCUGCAGACAACGACGUCUGUUUAGUGUCAAUAGCUCCCGAGAAGGAGAAAAAGUCUGCCAAACUUAUUGCGUCAAUGUCCAACGUACAAAAGAUUCACCACUGGUGGAAAUCCAUGCGUUUGCAGUUCGGCGACGGUUUAUUACUUCAGAUUUUCUUUGUCUACUUUACACAAGGUCUUCGCAGCACGCUCUGUUCACUGGGGACAAGUUACUACCUAAAUGAGACACUGGCGCUACCUCCGGCACGGUCUGAGGUAUUGCGUGCUACUGCUGCCAUCCCGUGGAUCAUCAAGCCGCUGUAUGGUAUUCUGUCUGACAGUGUUCCCAUUUUUGGAACUCGCCGCAAGUCUUACCUCCUCAUCUUCAGUGCCAUCUCAGCCAUCGCGUACUUCGCGCUGUCCAUCCCCGAUCUCAUUACAACUUAUGAUAAUGCUCUAAUUGCUCUUGUGGUUGCGAGUCUUGGUAUCGCAUUUUGUGACGUCGUCAUCGACGGAAAGGUUGUGGAAGCUGCUCGCAGCGAGCGCGAAGACAUGGCCGGUAAUUUGCAAACCCUAUCGUGGCUUUCUUUAUCAAUCGGAUCUGUAUUGGGUUCAAUGGUUUCGGGUAUCGCACUCAAUACUUUCGGUCCCUUAGGAGUUUUUCUUCUCACUGCGAUGGGCCCGCUCUUCGUUGUGUUGAUCUCCAUCAAAAUUCCUGAAGAAAAGUAUUCAUCUCAAGAAAAUCUCGGGUUCUGUCAAAACGUCCGAGAUCAGUGCCAAGCUCUGGCAUCCGUGGUGGUAGAUCCUAUAUGCUGGCGUCCCAUGCUUUGGAUUUUUCUAUCAAAUGCACUGCCGCCCAGUGUUAACGAAGCCAUGUUCACUUUCAAAACCGCCGAGCUAGGCUUUUCCAAAUCCUUUCUGGGCUUGAUUUCCACAAUUGGCAGUUUCACGUUACUAGGCACAACUGCACUCUACAAUGCAUAUUUUCGUAGCACGCCCUUCCGCCGCUUGUUUUUUCGCAUUCAAUUGGCAUCAGCCUGCGUUUCGUUUGCCGAAUUCGUGCUAGUGUCUCGUUUCAAUGUUCUUUUUGGAAUCAGCGACCAAUUUUUCAUCUUUGGAGACGAGAUUCUGUCUGAUGUUGUAGCUCGUCUCAAGCACAUGCCGUCACUCGUACUCUGCGCCAAGAUCUGCCCUCCAGCUUCUUAUGGUGGCUCGUGGCUCUGCAACUACCUGGAGAUAUCCAAGACUAACUUUGCGGGCCUUGCAACCGCCGUAACCAUCCGUAGUGUGGCUAAACUCGCGCCGCUUUUUUUGCUUAGUAUGGUACCAGAAACUAUUAACGUCAGCAGAUCAUCAUUAGCGUCAUCAAAAUUGAAUCACUUGGAUCAGAGUGGCGACAGUAAUGACAAGGCUGCUAACGUUGAGGAACAAGUGUAA